CACAUGUAGACAGUGGACUAGAGCUGGUGGCGGCGCGACGUAUGGGCCACGGCGCGCUGGCGACCCGCCACAUGACGUUCCUGCUGCACGCCAUGUGGCCGCACCUGGCCCGCGCCGAGCAGCGCGACCUGGCCAUACAGCUGCAGGCGUUAUCAGCGCAAUGCGAAGGCGGCCCGGUCCCGCUAGUCCUCGAGACAGGGGAGGUCAUUCCACCGGCCAACCUCACCCACAUACCCUCGUGCUCAACCUUCGGCCCGCGGCCCCUCCCGCCGGCCCGUUCACCGCACUCUAUAAAACUGAAGACUCAGCAGGGCCCGUUCAUUUUCACGCCGAUACAUUUUCCGAGUUUGCAGAGAGGGGAGAAGAAGAAUGAGGGGAUUAUGGAAUACCUAUGGGUGGAAGACGACAUAUGCGAGGUGCAAUUGAAACUGACCAACCCGCUACCCUUCGAGUUGAAAGUAUCGAACAUGCGCCUCCUAACUUCUGGCGUCGUAUUCGAAUCCAUCCCAGAAACCAUUAUUCUACCCCCUGAUUCCCCUACAACGGUCAACUUACAUGGAACCCCGAAAGAAGUCGGGGAAUUGCAAAUCCUUGGAUACUCCACGCAUACUCUAGGAGUCAAAUCUAACUGUAGGCUGAAAAAUAUGCCGACUCCAAACAAGUUCCCAGCUUCGUACACCAUAGAAGUUAUUCCAGCACUUCCUACUAUAACUAUUGAGACUACAGUGGCGCCCUCUGGGAAUCAGAACCUGCCGAAUACGGAGAAUGUUGGCAGCAUCACGAAUAUCUCGCUACAUAAUGGGGAAAGCACUGAGUGUACUAUGAAGAUUACUAACACAAGUCAGGUGCCGAUUGACUAUUUGGACUUGGCCAUUCAGUCAAACGUGGAUAGCCAACUACAAUCAAAAAUAUUCCAAUGGUGCAACGAAGAUAUACAAGCGCAGCUGCCAAUCCCACCGAAUGAAGUAGCCACAAUCACCAUGAACUUAUAUGGAGAAGCAGACUUUCUAGAUUUAGGCGGAGUGGGGGAAACUCUGUUCCCUAACAGCUUGACAUCGAACUAUCCCUCUAGGGUUGGGUCCCCGGUGCCCAAUGCUCAGACUUCACUCCCUAAUACACAGAGUUCUAAUGCGCAUACGUCUUUGAGCAGUGGCUUUGCGCAUAACCGACCGCUUACUAGCAGUUUCAGAUCAACGAAUUCUCACACAACUAGUUGGUCCGCUCCCAUAUCUGUGAUGCCGCCAUCCCGAGGUAGACAGAUUGAAACACAGGUAAUAAUCCGCUACUCGGGCGGCAAAGGCCGCGAGGUGCACUGCCGGCAGUCCACGCUGCAAAUAAACUUGGAACUACUGCCGAGCGUGUCUAUCACACACUGGGACGUGCUGCCUGCUGAAGUCCCAACCCAGCUCUACCUAGUGCUAGACGUGACCAAUUUAACCUCCGAAGAGAUGGAGUUCCAGUACGCGACGGGGCGGCGCGUGGUGGUGGAGGGCGGCGAGUGUUGCCGCGUGCCCGUGCCGCUGCCGCGCGCGCCCUACGCCGCGCCGCCCGCCCCCGCCGCCCUAGACCAGCUAGAAACCCGUUCAAUAAGCACGACAACAUCGACCAACACGCUCGAGCUCAUGUGUUCGGAGCACAUCACGAACAACGUGGACUUGCGGUGGAUGCUACUGGGGUCGGAGACGCGGGGUCGAGCGGGCGUGAGGGGAAUCACGCUGUCGCAGGCCAUGGUCGAUAUAGUUAGGAUGUCGCCGCUGCAGUGGGAAGUGACAGUAAACUCCGAGAGCAUCAAACCGCAAGCGGAAUACUCGUGCGGCGCGGGCGAGGCCCUAAACCUGAGCGUGUCGGUGGCCAAUCACCUGCCGCGGCCGCUGCGGCGCCUGCGCCUGUCUGUGCGGUUCUACCAGGAUUAUAAUAAUGGCAGUGUGAACUACAAGUGUGACCAUAGCUUGGCCGUUGCCGGGAAUAACAAAGUGAUGCUGGAGUCACUAGCCGAAUCUGAAAAGGCUCACCACCAGUGCACCGUCAUAUUCCUCACUCCAGGAGAGUUCAAAGUGGACAUACAAUGUUCCACCACAGAACCAGUGUACGAUGAGCCAACAAGCUUGAGUCUCGGCGACCAGCCUUCGCUGAUGCCGACCUGCGCGGGAGAGGUCAGCCAUGUCUGGCGAUUCAUACCGCCCAUAGCUAUAAGCGUAAAUGAGGCUGAGUAAUACUGUUAUCUACUACCAUUUCUAUAUUUACUACUAAUAAUGUAAAGAAGACAGAUUUUAUUGUUUGUUUCUAUUGAAGAGGCUCCGAAAGUAAUGGAUCGAUUACAAAAUUAAAACAUUUCAUCUUUAUAAAGCUACUUUAUUUAUCCUUCAAUGCUAUAGGCUACUUUUUUAUCCCAGAAUGCUCUGGAGGAGAAAGUAUUAGCGUCUGUUAAUUCUCGUGAAUAAAUGUUGGUAAUUUAUGAAGCCAGUUUUAAUUUUAACUAUUAAUAAGGAAGAAACAAAAUAUAAUGUGGUGUAUAUUGGUAAAGGUGUAAUAAUAAAUGUUAUUUAUGAAUGUAGGUUGAUUUAUAAUGUUAUGUUCUAUACUUACUGCUGUAAUUCUAAGUGUAUCUAAUGGAAUAUUAUGUAUAAAUAUAAAUUAUUGUUAUGAGAAAUGUAGGAUGUUUAUUGUUUUUUUUAUUAUUUUAAAUGAAAUAUAUUAUUUUGGUCAUGUAGAAA